AUGCAGCAAGUGAAUAAUCCAUCGUUAAGGUCACCCCUUUUUAAUACUCAAUAUACUAGCCGCGAAGCUGCUGCGUACGAGUGUCUAAGCGAAGCCGCAGUUGAUGGCCUCCUCGUGCCUAAAUAUUACGGGUCUUGGACGUUUGAUAUGGCUCUUCAACCUUCUCAGGAUGUGCGAUCUGUCCGGAUGAUUCUGAUGGAAUGGAUUCAAGGCGUCAGCAUGCAUGCUUUAAUUGAGAGCCACCAGCUCAAUUGCUUUUCUCCUGAGCAACGCCUUUCCGUGCUCGCUAGGGCCAUGGAAGCUGAAUGCAAGAUCGCGUUUCAUGGUGUGCGGCAUAACGACUUUGCCCCUAGAAACAUUCUUUUGGAAUCAACGACCGCGGAUGUCGAAAGUCCUCGAGUUCUAUUGAUUGACUUCAAUCAUUCCGUCGUCUUCGGCCGACCCAACUGCCGAUAUAAAAGGCAAGAAACGACACGCCCUAUUAGCCCGCGGUAUCACUUUUGGGGCCCAUGUCCAAACGAGUUUCUCUCUUGGGUCCCCCAACCGCAUCGUUCACGACCAGCAGCUUUCAAGGGCUGGUUGAAGAGUCAGUGGGAGCAUUCCGAGGAAUUCGCCCAUCGUACCGAGGGGGUUAUCAGGCUCCUUGAUUAUGACGAGCCGGUUGAGAUUGCCCAACCCUAA